AGCUCUCCAUGUUCGCACUUUUCAUCUCAACAUCGUGCGUAAAACCAACCACUUUACCAUCACGCAUACAUACCUAUACGGCGGGUUUAUAACCUGCGGACUGGUGACGCACCGAACCAAAACGACCCGGAACCCUGGAUCCAAACCGAACCGUUCACCGUGGAAAAACAAUAAUGUGAGGAAAGCAGGAAGCUGGCAGAGAAGGAGGGGGAGCUUUACUGGCCUCUUCACAGACAGCCAGACAGCCCCUCUUCCGAUAAACAGCCUCAAACGCUCAAACUGAAAGCACAAAUAUCUCUCCAUAAAAUAAAUCUCCAUAGCGAUAAACAGCCACAUCCAGGGCUGCCUGAAAGGCAGGGGCGCAUAGGAGGGUCCGGUCACACUGACUGCUGUUUCUCCAACGAAAGCAGAUGGCUGUUUCUGUCACCAGGGAUUUAAAGGUGGAGGUGCUGGAAGAUGAGAACAAAGUCAGGCUGAGUAACAAACAAGAGGAGAUGCGACUGACCAUACAGAGAGGCGAUCCCAAAUGUAUGGGGGUCAGCCAAGUGAUGCUCGGCCUGAUGGUUAUUUUCUACUCCCUGCCCUUAUUGUCCAGUGAGGCCACUGACGUGGUCAACUUUGGCGUUCCCUGGUGGACAGGAGUAACAUUCAUUGCAGCAGGAUCGAUUGCCAUGAUUUUGGACAGAAUCUGCACCAUGAAGUUCUUGCAGGUGUGUCUGAUAGCGAGCGUGGCCACUUUGGUGGUGUCAGUGGUGGCUGUCAUCAUCUACUGUGUGGACCUGGGCAGAUAUCCGCAGUUUGCCUGCAACAAAACCGAAUUCCCCUGUGACCCCCAGUACUACUUAACGAGGUUCAACAGGGGAAUAAAGUCAUCUCUCCUCUUCUUCACUCUGGUCCAGACAGCCAUCUCUGCCGUUUCCUGCUGGCUUCUGCUCAGACAGAGAAACAGCUUUCAGUAUUCAGUUAUCAGUCAGCCUGCCUCCACCCGUAAUGAAUAUAAAUGAUGGACAAAGUGAAGUCAUGAAGGUUCCUGCUAGCCUAGGAGAUCGACUUUGUCCAGCUUACUCAUCUGCUGAUUGAACCAACCUAAUUUCUUAAAAAGUUUAUGAGAAUAAUUCCUAUAUGUUUGCUUCAGCUAAAUGAUUGUAACUUCAAACUGAGAAGCAAAAGAGCUAUGAUACUGUAAAGAAGGAUUGUAAUUCUCUGGACAUCAGUAAUAUUAGAGUAACACACUUCCAAAUGCAUUCUAUGGAGGAGAAAAAGAAUCCAUUCCAGUGAUCAAUCUAAACUGUUUUACAAGCUUCUGUCUGCAUCCAGCCAUGUUUGGUUCUGCAGAAUCAGUUAUUGAUGGAGGAGCACGGCCUCUGUGCCAAAAGCAGACACUUCACUGCAGCAGCGCUUUCAGAAAAAUAUCACUGUAUGGUGACAUCCCAAGGUCCAAAAACUAAUUUCAGGUAAAUGCUUUAAACCCCACCCCCACCCCGGGUACAACGGUGCACCGUGCCUCAUACAUACACACUUAAGGCCAGCAAAUUCUCUACAACUGUUUAUUAACUAACAGUAAUUUCUUAAACACAAAACAGCACAGUAUUGGUCUUUUAAUUUCAAUUUUCAAUACCUUCAAUCUUGUAGCCUUGAACAUCGGUAGUGCUUUCUGUUUUUCAUGGGACUUCAGCAUACAGUGCACCUCACCACGGUGUCAUCAUUCCUCACCAUGGCUGCCGGUUCUAGACAGGGGCCAACGGGGGGUGUAUUAUGAAAUUUAGGCAGGAUCGGGAUGAGUCGGUAAUAGAGAUGACAUACAGAUACACACACACUGUGUCUGCUAGAAUUUAAAUGUGUCGUUUUAUUCCGCCACAGGACACAGCAAAGUAAGCACAUCAAUCAAGGCACGGUGCUGAAUACAAAUUAUAUUGUCCCCCUACCGUGACACAAAGGAUCGGAGAGCCAGUCGACCCCGGCAGGGCAGCAAACUGCCCAGCUAGGCGUUCGUACGCAACUCUAGCAGACUCUGCCAGUGCCAACCGCCAUCCGUCAUUUAUGCCAGACUUCAAAGAAAAAUCUCUCACCCAAUCAGGAAAAGUGAUCGCUCCCUCUCACGCCUGGAGCGCAUGAUUACAGAAACCAAAAUAUGUUUCGGGCACCCCCCGAACCCACCCUGGGCUCGUGGGCCGCUGAAACCAACAACAAAUUACAUCAUGGUCUCAAGGAAACAGAAACUUAGAUAAUGAGAGUGCUUAGGUAAUAAGAGUGCUUCAUUUGUUAUACAAAACUUGUAUAAUUGUCAAAGAACAUAAAAUAUAAAACCCAUAUAUAUCAGGGGGCCAGAAAUUAUAAUGAUAAUAUGCACUUCAAACCAGUAACUAGUUACGCUGAUCUAACAGAACAACAACUCUAAUUCGGUUUCUUUUAUCAAUGAAGUGACCUGAGGUCACAUUCAGUCUGUUUGCAUGGUGCCACUAACAGCUAUGAAGCUAAUUUCAGCUUUGAUAUAUUUCCCUUUUGAUUUUGUAAAAACCAUUCCUUGUAUAAUUUAGCAGCACCCUACUUCUAGCUCAGCUGUUUGUGCAGACACUAGGCCCCAUGCAGGCAUAGAGGGGAAGAAUCAGCAGCAAAACCUGCUUUUCAGGUUCAAUAUUGGUGAAAAACACAUAACAAUUUCAAAUACAGUUAGCAAGACUGAACAUGACAUUUCAAAUGGAGUUUAAAAAAACUGAUUAAAUAUAAAGAUUUAAAAGAAAAUUUGACUUUUUGAAAAGUAUUGGUAGAAGCUCUGCAGCUUUACUGUGUUCAUGACUCAAUCCCUAAAAAAACUGUGCAAAUUAAUUUAGAGAAAUUUGGAUCAGUGGACUGACUUUUAAAAAUUAACAAUGGUGAUUGUGACGUUUCAUCAGCUUGUCUUUGCUAUAUUGCAGAAAUACACCAAAUCUUAUAUUCUUGUGUAAAACAUGGGGUGCAUCUGUGACAUGAUGUGAAAUAAAAGGUAAAAGCUUCUGAUUAAAUUUGAUCUUUUAUAAAUGAAAUAUAAAUGUUAUUAUUAUAUUAUUUUAUUUUAUAAUUUUUUUUGAAGGUGGAUAAAACCUUGUAAUUAAUGCAUUUCUUGUUAUUCUGUUUAUUAGGAAUCAUCCAAACCUCCCUCUUUGUCGUUGCUUCUUAAUCAUUCCUCAAUACAAGCCUGGGUGUUAAAAAUAUCCUGAUAACAUUAUGUAUGUAUCUACUACUAACCCUUAAGAGCAAGUGGAUUCUUUUUAUUCUGUAUUUUUACCAAUUUUCUUUGUUGCAAGUAUCUGUUACUGUAGCCAUAUUAUGAACCAAAUAUCCAUCAUUUUCUAUUAUUAAAAAAAUUAAGUCCA